AUGGUCAACUGCAACACAAAGACCCUUCUGGGUCUUCUGGUCAUCGCUACCUUGGCCGAUGCCUACUGGCGCAUGUCGUGCAGUAUUAUCCAGACUGGGCGAGUUGAUCCCAUCAUUGCUCCUGGACGUGUUGCUGCGCAUCUUCACAAGGUAUCGGGUGCCAGCAACUUUGGUGUCUCGGCUACGUACGACGACCUACAGGCUUCACGAUGCAGCUCCUGCGAGGUUCAAGACGACAAGUCGGCAUACUGGACACCGCAGCUCUUCUACCAACACUCGAAUGGCAGCUUUCAGCUGGUUCCUAAUGGCGGCACUGUUGUGUACUAUCUCGGCCGCGGCGAGAACAGGUCCAACAUUGAACCAUUCCCUCCUGGAUUCAAGAUGCUUUCAGGAGACAGCACUGCUCGAUCGGCGGAUACGAAGACGAUGACAUACAGCAAGACUGGAUACAAGGGUCGACCAGUGGCAGAGCGUAUCAGCUUUGCUUGCUUGGAUAGUUCUGGUCCUUCCAAGGAGCGCAACUUUAUGUGGAAGACGGACUGCGACAACGGCAUGCGAGCGCAAGUUCACUUUCAAACUUGCUGGAACGGAGGUGACUAUCAGUCCGAUCAAAGCCACGUUGCGUACUUGUCACAGAUUGACAACGGCAUUUGCCCGCCAUCACAUCCUCGCAUGCUCCCUCACCUGUUCCUCGAGGUCAUCUAUGGAGUCAACAACAUCGACAAGAGCAAGGGUGGCAAGUUUGUCUUUGCCCAAGGUGAUACGACUGGAUACGGGUUUCACGGUGACUUCCUCAACGGUUGGGAUAUGUCGGUUCUCAAGGGUGCCAUCAAGUCUUGCAUCAACAACGACGCCAUCGGCGGAGCCAUUUCCAAGUGUCCAAUUUUGGCCUCGUCGCAGACUCCUUUCUUCAGCGACAACUGCCCUGAGAUGCCCCCUAUCGUCAACGAGACUGUACGUGGAAUGCUUGAUCAGCUCCCUGGCUGCAACCAGGUCACAAGCGGCCCUGCCAAAGCACCCCAAGGCAUCUGUGCUACUCAGCCACCCUUCAAUGACUUUGGUGAUAUGGGCAUUGGCAAGUGGUACAACCCUUCGCCAGGUGACAAGGUCGGAUCUUGGGCAUACCUUGGCUGCGCGGCAGAGGGGGUGAAUGCUCGUGCGCUGAACAAGUACGCCGUGACCUCUGAUAUCAUGACCAUCGACUACUGUACUGCUGUUUGCAAGGAGCAAGGAUACCCUCUCGCGGGUAUGGAGAAUGGUCGCGAAUGUUACUGCGCAAGCGCGCUGACAAAUGGUGCUUCAUACGUGAAGGCGUCCAUUUGCGCAGCAGCACCCAAGAUGAUUUGCAGUGGCAACAUGACGCAGUACUGCGGAGGGCCGAACCUGCUUACUGUCUGGAACGAUACAUCUUAUACGCCUCCCGUUCAACUGGUCAUCGGCUCGACCAAGAUCGCCAACAACACAGCUACAUACCAAGGAUGCUACUCCGAGCCUUCAGGCGGUCGCGCCCUCUCGUCGGAUCGUACCUCAGAUACUGUUGGCAUGACCAACGAGAUGUGUGUCGCCUUCUGCCAAGCAGGUGGCUAUCUCUAUGCUGGAACAGAGUAUUCUCAAGAGUGCUACUGCGGCAACACGAUUGGCGGUGACAAUAUCCCAGAUAUCUCCCAGUGCUCCAUGCAAUGCAAAGGCAACAUCUUUAGCUAUUGCGGUGCUGGCAACAGGCUGAGUGUCUGGAAGAUAACACAACCUGAGAAGUCAGCUGGGCCUGUCACUGCCUUCAAUGGUGCUGCCGUCUACACUGGCUGCUAUAUCGAUGGAGGUGCUGGUGGUCGGACACUGCCUGGUGUCGUCUUCACCGGUUCUUCUGUGUCGCUUGACACAUGCUUCGCCUUUUGCAAGAAGCUCAACUUCCCCCUCUUCGGCAUGGAGUAUGGACGAGAGUGCUACUGUGGCUAUGCGCCUAAGACUCAAUCUUCCAUUGCACCCGACGGCGAUUGCAGGAUGCCCUGUGCCGGCGAUGCCUCUCAGAAGUGUGGUGCUGGCAAUCGCAUCUCCAUCUGGAACAACACCCUCUACACGCCCAUGGCCAGCCCCGAAAGCUUCAACAUCCAACCUCAGUACCUCGGCUGUUACACCGAAGGCAAGAAGGGCCUGGCCCUGGGUAAGGCCAAGACGUCUAACAGCAAGAUGACGGUCGAGGUGUGUGCAAACUACUGCGCCAACAAAGGCCUCGCCUUCAUGGGAGUGCAGAAUGGCCAGGAUUGCUACUGCAGCAAUGCUGGGCCCUCGAGCGGUAGCGUUGAGGCGCCUGAGAAGGAAUGCAACGUUGUUUGCAAGGGCAACAAGGGACAGAAGUGUGGUGCGGCCAACAGACUCAACGUCUACAAGGUCAAUGCCGCCAAGAACAGUGCCAAACCUGUUCAGGCCAAGGUUCAGGACGUUUCUCCCACGACCUUGCACAAAGCGACCACGACAUCCAAGGCAGUCAAUGUCAAGGGCAAAGCGACAACCUCUUCCAAGUUGGCUAAUGUGAAGGCAAAGACAACCACAUCCAAGGUGGCAAACGUCAAAGCCAAGUCAACGACGUCCAAGGUCGUCAAUGCUAAGGUAAAGGCGACGACGUCCAAAGUGGCCAACGUGAAGGCUAAAACGACGACAUCCAAAGCCAAGUCUACUGCCUCCGUCCGCCUGGCUGUC